AUGACUACUCGGGAGAAAAACAAGUCUUUUGUUCUUCGAGCUGUCCAGGAUGUCAUCCUCGAAGAUCGCGAGAUUCCGGCCUUGAAAGAUCCUUGGGAUGUACGCGUUCACGUUGCACAGACUGGUAUUUGUGGCAGUGACGUGCACUACUGGCAGCGAGGACGCAUAGGAGAUUUCAUUCUCAAGUCACCUAUUGUCCUUGGUCACGAGAGCUCUGGUACAGUUGUCGAAGUUGGAUCUGCUGUGAAAAACCUCAAGAUUGGUGACCGAGUAGCUAUUGAACCCGGUGUUCCAUGCAGACACUGCGAUUACUGUCGGAGUGGAUCUUAUAAUCUAUGUCCGGAUACCGUAUUCGCUGCAACACCACCACACGAUGGAACGCUCUCUAAGUAUUACAUCACUCAAGCAGACUACUGCUACCCUAUCCCCGAGCACAUGAACUUGGAAGAGGGGGCUUUGGUAGAGCCUGUCGCAGUCGCUGUUCAGAUCACCAAAGUUGGUAAUGUACGCCCAAAUCAAACCGUCGUGGUUUUUGGAUGUGGCCCUAUAGGGCUUCUUUGUCAAGCCGUGAGCAAGGCAUACUCUGCGAAGAAAGUUAUUGGAGUGGAUAUAAGCCAGUCCCGGGCGGAGUUUGCACGUACUUUUGGUGCAGAUGACAUAUUUGUUCCACCCGUCAGACCCACUGAUACCGAUGAGACAAGUUGGAGUGAAGAGGUUGCCCGUAUCAUCAAGGAGCAGUUUGGCCUGGGUGAAGGUCCUGACGUAGUGCUGGAGGCGACCGGGGCACAGGCUUGCAUUCAAACGGGAAUACAUUUGACGAAAAAAGGUGGAACAUACGUUCAAGCUGGCAUGGGUCGUGAGAACGUUGUCUUUCCAAUUACGACUGCCUGCAUUCGCGACUUGCAUAUUCGAGGUUCGAUCCGGUACACAGUUGGUUGCUAUUCGACUGCCGUAGACCUUAUCUCGAGUGGAAAAAUCAAUGUAAAGCGACUGAUCACAAACCGUUUCAAAUUUGAAGAAGCAGAAGAAGCUUUCGAACUUGUUCGACAAGGAAAAGAAAGUGUGAUCAAGGUUAUCAUUGAGGGCGUUUGUUCCUAG